AUGGAGAACAGGACAGAAGUGACACAGUUCAUCCUGCUGGGACUGACCAGUGACCCAGGCCUGCAGGUUCCUCUCUUCAUAACCUUCCUCCUCAUCUACAUCAUCACUGCGGUUGGGAACCUGGGGAUGAUCCUGCUGAUUCUCUUGGACUCCCGGCUCCACACUCCCAUGUACUUCUUCCUGGGUAACCUGUCCCUGGUUGACUUUUGCUACUCUUCAGCUGUUACACCUAAAGUCAUGGCUGGGCUUCUUAUAAGAGAUGACAGCAUUUCAUACAAUGACUGUGCUGCUCAAAUGUUCUUUGUCACAGGCUUUGCUACCGUGGAAAAUUACCUGUUGGCUUCAAUGGCCUAUGAUCGCUAUGGAGCAGUGUGUAAGCCCCUCCAUUAUACUACCAUCAUGACAACAAGGGUGUGCACAUGGCUAGCCUUAGGCUGCUAUGCCUGUGGUUUCCUGAACGCCUCCAUCUACACAGGAGAUGCAUUUAGUCUCUUCUUCUGUAAGUCCAAUGUGGUCCAUCACUUCUUCUGUGAUAUACCAGCAGUCAUGGUUCUGUCUUGCUCUUACAGACAUAUUAAUGAGGUGGUUCUUAUUUAUGUAGCCAGCUUCAAUAUAUUUUUUGCUCUCGUAGUGAUUUUAAUAUCUUACUUACUGAUUUUUAUCAAUAUCCUAAAGAUGCAGUCGACUGCAGGGCACUGGAAGGCAGCAUCUACCUGUGCAUCCCACUUCACUGCUGUUUUCAUUUUCUAUGGGACGGUCAUCUUCAUGUACUUGCAGCCCAGCUCCAGUCACUCCAUGGACACUGACAAGAUGGCAUCUGUUUUCUACACCAUGGUCAUCCCUAUGCUGAAUCCUGUGGUCUACAGCCUGAGGAACAAGGAGGUCAAGAGUGCAUUCAAAAAGGUGGUUUUCAAGGCAAAAUAA